UUCAAUCGAAUAUAUGGAUCCGUUAAAUCAAUAACGAAAGUAGUAUAAAAUUAUAUCAAACUUUCCAUGUUGUAACACUGACUUUAAAUAUGUCGAAGGAAAUAUUUCAUUGUAAUUUUAUAUAUAAUAAUAUUGAAAUUAAAGAGACUGAUGAUAAUCUACUCGCUACCAAAUUCGUUCACUAUUUAGACAGUAAAAUAAGUGGGUGGGGUUUUAAAUGUUAUCUUGCAGAUAGGGAUUGUUUAGCGGGUAGAAACGUGUUUGAUGAACUGUUUAGGACAGUGUCGGAGACAGAGAAAUGUUUAGUAAUUAUAACCCCAGAGUUCAGGAGAAAUUACUGGGCUAAAUAUUGCAAACAAGCUGCGUUUAAGUAUUUGUUACAAGAGGAACACCAACACAAGAUGAUCCCAAUCACUCUUAAUAUCAAUGAUACAGGAUCACUGAAGGAGUUGAAUGUCAAUGACCCAAUUCAUAUAAAAGGAUCAAAUGAAGGGGAAUGGAAAAGAGAUAUAAACGAAAUGCGCUGGCAAAAACUGAAAAAGACUCUUGAAGACAAAGCAACACAUGUAGCUGAAGAACGAGGUGACAAUCGGCUUCGAACAGAGGGACAACAUAUGCUGGUUACAGAACCAUCUUCAGCUACAAAUAUGUCAAACAUUUCGUUACUUCCUACAUGUAUUGCUGUUCUCAUUUUAGCGCUGAACAUUUUUUUAUUUUUCAACUUUUAGAUCAUUUUGCAUUGUGUGUGAGAAGUUUGAGAUAUUAUUUGUAAGCUAUCUUUUACAUACGCGAUUUCUUUAAAUUCUUGUACUGAUUCUUACUGUGUGUGUUAAGGUAUGCCUUGGAAUUCCGGAAGGUUUUUUCCCCGGUAUAUUCAAAUCAGUAUCUGUUGAUUAUAUGAAAAUACUCAUUACAUAAACAAUUUGAGUGAUCAUAGUCUUCAGUCCUCUCACAUUUUAUUGGGAUGUGUUGAUACUUUUAUACAAAGCAUAUAUAUUAUAUAUUUCUGUACCGAAUUUCUUUUUACUUUUAUAUUUUUAUAGUUUGUUUUUAGACAAAUUUUACUGUUUAAUUACCUUGUAUUGGUUUUUGUCAUGUUUGUGCCAUAUUUAUAAUUGCAAAAGAUUGUUAGUAAGUGUGAACGGUUAGUGUGAACGACUGUUGUGUUGUGUCUUCUUUUAACUAUUUAUUUCUUUAAUGCAAAAUAGUGCUUCAUAUUGAUAUUUGGUGUACAUGUGUAUAAAUAUAUUGGCUAUGUGAUAUUUAAUUUUGGAUAUAAAUCUGUGCUUUAUACUGGAGACAUUGGACAAAAACAAACAAAAAAGAAAGGAUAGUUAGUGCCUGAGACGCAAAUACGCUUUGUGUUAUUCAGUCAUUUUGGAGUUGAUAUAGGUAUACAUAUUUUAUAGAAACUGAAGAUUGAGGAUAACUUUCUGUUUACUGUUAACAUGUCACAUAGAGUCCAAACUAACCAGCGCUCUUCGGCCUUAAAUUAAGUGCCUGUGAAAAGAUUAUACGAUCACUCACCCCUACUGACAAUUGUAUUCGUUACGCUUGAGUGCGGCGCUGUUUUCGGGAUUAAGGACAAUGGUUACGUCUAGCGACGGAGGGACAAUUAACAACAGUGGGAAAUCGGAACUGAUAUCAUUAAAAGAAAACACGGAAGUGGCUCAUACGGGUAAUACAAAGGCAUAUGCUAGUGCCGUUACAGGCAAAACACAAUCACAGAGUCAGUACGAUACUUUCAAUAUCCCACACAAUGAAGAUCUUGAAGAGUAUAAUAACUUGGUAAAGCUUUAUCAUGAUAUGCCAAAAGACUUAUUUGCUCAGCAUUUGCUUAGGAUGUAUGCAUCAUCAGAAUCUGACUUGGAACGUGUCCGUGUACAAUAUUUUGAAGUACUUAAACAGGAGCAUGAUGAUUUUCCUUUUGGACUUAGCGCAGAACUAAAACGAAGAGUGUUUAGGGGAAAUGGUGACCCGAUAGCAAUCAAACUAGCCCAAGAUAUAUAUACGAUAAUUUCAGUUACUCAGGGCGAAGACUACAGUUUACUCAAGGAAAUGAUUAGUACAUCGCGACGGCGUUCGGUACCAGUUGCUGUCCUUGAUGAUUUCCCCACAACACCAGAUAGGAGUAAUUUAAAAAUUACUGAUAAAACUUCUGUUCAAAAUAAAUGUCAGUGUUGACAGAACUUGCUUUGCUCAACGAUACUGUAUCGUCAUUACAAGCUGUAAGUUCUUCUCCUGAGUCAAAGCCUGCAUGCCAGCGACCAAUUACGGGCAGGCAGGACAGAUGAACUUUAUGAAAGAGACGAUGAACAAUAUCAAAUGCGAUAUUCUGGAGGGUAAGCAGAGUGUGCGUGGAAGUGUCCUCGAAACUGAAAUUGCUGUGAGCAAAAAACAGAGUGAGAUUAUUAAAUGUGAAGUUGAUUUGCAAAACCGUGUCAACAAGCUAGAAAAGUUUAUAGACACAAACUCAUUAUAUUCUGUAGCACCUUUGGCAUCUCAAAAUAUACCACAAGCACAACUGUAUUAUGAUGAGAAUAUAAAUACUCCUGCUAAUGAAAAUAUUCCCACAGCCUACAAAUCUAUUAACAGUGUGUCAUCCGAGGAGGUACAAUUUGUCGAUUCUUCCUCUACCGUUAUGUCUAUUGAAAAUGAGCAGACGACAGAGACGGGUUUUAAACCAAAUCCUCCAACAUAUGCAGACGCUAUCUGUGUUGAGUCUUUGACAAUGUCGUUUGAAAACGAGGCUCAUCUGGGAUUGUCUGCUGUUCCAAGAGUAGCAGAGAGUAGUAACAUCGAGACAGGGCCUCAAGACAACGAUUUUGCGCCUAAAGAAACGACUACAUACCCCAGAGAACGAAUACCGGUGCUUGAGAGAGGUUAUACGCGUGUAACACCCAGCAAUGACGAUGUUGAGCUUUCUACAACUAAACAUACAUGUCACUUCUGCUUGCUAGGUUUCCGGAGAUCUAUGAAUAGGAAUAUUCUUCACUCUUUUAUCUCAAAAGGCGGAUACCUGGCGAAUGAGAUAGGACCUUUCCAGGCCCCUACUGUGUAUACUAUUAGAACUUUUCCUAUGAGAAGAUAUCGAGAUAGAGUUGUCGUUCGUGUCAAUGUUGCUGCAGAUUUUAGUGCAGAUUUACUGUUGAAUGAUAGGUUUUGGCCUAGUUAUAUGUCAUGUGAACCGUGGAAAUCCAGAACAUUUAGGCAGCGAUCCUGGGAACAUAGCUCGACACGUGCUCGCGCUGAUCAUUCGUGUGUUUCUAAUAGAGCGCAAUUUAACAAUCAUUUUACUGAUAGAAACCCCUUUGGAGUAUUGGAUUGUUAUAGUGACUAAUAAGUCUUACUUAAACCAGUGUACUAUUAAAAUAACAAUUUUUUUACAGACUACACUAUGAAUAUAAACAUAAUGACUUGGAAUGUUACAGGUUUAAUGUCGAGUGUACCAUAUCUCGCAGGUA